AUGUCUUCUGAUGUGUCAGAAUACACUAUUGGGGGAGUGAAGAUCGUAUUCCCUUGCAAGGCUUACCCAUCACAGCUUGCUAUGAUGAAUGCAAUUGUUAAGGGCUUAAAUAAUAGGCAGCACUGUUUGUUGGAGAGCCCUACAGGAAGUGGCAAAAGCUUGGCACUGCUUUGCUCUGCAUUAUCGUGGCAGCAGUCUCUGUAUGAGAAAUCAGUGCUCAUGUCCUCAUGUGAGAAGGAAGACAGAAAGCCAGAGACCUCUCCGCUGUGUCACUGUCGGUGUCAUUCCCAAUCUAAGGGCAACGAGGCUGCAACAAGUGUGAAUCGUGGUGCUUCCUGCUCUUCCAAUAACUGUGAAACACAAAGCUCCAUAAAACCUGGGAGCCCACUAACAAACACAGAAUGUAAGGGGAACGAAACGCUGGCUUCAAAAUUGUCUGCUAAAAAACGGUUAUCUGCAUGUGACAGUGAGAAUGAUGAUUUUCAAGUAGACAAGAAGAGGAUUCGUCCUUUAGAAACUGAGCAGCAGGUUAGAAAGCGACAUGGUUUUUCAAAGGGAGUGCAGCUGGUUGAUGCCUUAGAAGUUUAUCAUCAGAGAAAAAAUGGAGACCUGAUUGUUCACUCUGAAAAAAAUGUAAAACCUGCUACCUUUUCUCCCAAAACAUCUGCUGGUCCUUGCACUGAGUGUUCCUGUUCUUCUGGAAAGGAAAGUGAUAAAGAUACCAGUAACACUAAGAAGAAAGAAAAAGAAGAUCCGUCCUUCAUUCCCAAAAUAUUUUUUGGAACACGAACACACAAGCAAAUAUCCCAGAUUACCAGAGAAUUGAAGAGAACAGUGUUUUCCAGCGUCCCUAUGACAAUUCUUUCCAGCCGAGAUCACACCUGUAUUCAUCCAGUGGUGUCUAGUGGUAGUAACAGGAAUGAAAUGUGUGUAGAAUUGCUGGAAGGAAAACACGGCAAGUCCUGUCCUUACUAUCAUGGUGUUCAUAAGCUCAGUGAACAUCAUGCCCUACAGACUGCUCAUGGGAAGUAUCAGGCUUGGGACAUUGAAGAUCUGGUGAGCCUGGGAAAGAAGCUCCGUGCUUGUGCGUACUUUGCAGCCAGAGAGCUCAUGGUGGUCGCAGAUAUUGUAUUUUGUCCUUACAAUUACCUCCUGGACCCACAGAUAAGGGAGAGCAUGGACAUUAACCUAAAAGGCCAGGUAGUCAUUUUAGAUGAAGCUCAUAAUAUUGAGGACUGUGCUCGGGAGUCAGUGAGCUACAGUGUUACAGAAAGUCAGCUAAGAGCUGCUCGAGAAGAGCUGGAUUUCAUGGUCAGUAACAACAUCAGGCAGAAGAAUCAUGAGCCUUUACAUGCUGUGUGCUGCUCUUUAACAAACUGGUUACGAGAGAGCUCUGGUCAGCUAGAAGAAAGAGGGUAUGAAAUGUCCUGUAAAGUUUGGAGUGGAAAAGAAAUGCUCAACAUUUUCCACAAAAUGGGAAUAACUGGUAUUACUUUUCCCAUUUUACAGAAACAUCUUGCUACUAUCCUGGAAAAAGAAGAAAAAGUAUCAAUGUUUGGUAAAGAGGAAGUUAUUGAAAUACCAGUUGUGAGCCCUGCCACUCAGAUUGUGCUGAAAGGCUUAUUCAUGGUUCUUUUGUUUCUUUUUAAAGAUAACAGCAGAUAUGCAGAUGACUACAGAGUUGCUCUGCAACAAACCUAUGCUUGGAUGAAUGAAAACCAACUUGAUGCUUCAGAUACAAGUGCCUUCUUCACGCGACCCAGGCAUAAAAGGAGUUUGCGGCAGAAAACCGAAGUCCGCAUGCUGAAUUUUUGGUGCUUGAAUCCUGCUGUGGCUUUUUCAGACUUAAGUGAUGUUAGGACAAUUGUUCUGACCUCUGGUACCCUCUCUCCAAUGGAUUCAUUUUCUUCAGAGCUUGGUGUGAAGUUUUCUAUCCAGUUGGAGGCAAAUCAUGUUAUUCGGAACUCACAGGUUUGGGUUGGCACCAUUGGAGCAGGCCCCAACGGUCGGAAGCUGUGUGCCACCUUCCAGCACACAGAGACCUUUGAGUUCCAAGAUGAGGUGGGAGCACUUCUGCUGUCAGUGUGUCAAACAGUUGGCCAAGGAAUUUUGUGCUUUUUGCCAUCCUAUAAGCUGUUGGACAAGUUAAAAGACCGCUGGAUGCACACUGGCUUGUGGAGAAACCUGGAGCUGGUUAAGACUGUCAUUGCAGAGCCUCAAGGAGGGGCAAAGAGUGACUUUGAUGAACUGUUGAAAAUAUACUAUGAUGCAAUAAAAUAUAAAGGAGAAAAAGAUGGAGCACUCCUUAUAGCUGUGUGCAGAGGAAAAGUUAGUGAAGGCUUGGACUUCUGUGAUGAGAAUGCCCGGGCAGUUGUAACCAUAGGCAUUCCAUUUCCAAAUGUGAAAGACCUUCAGGUUGAAUUAAAGAGAAAGUACAAUGACCAGCACAAAAAUACAAGAGGCCUUUUACCAGGGAGUCAGUGGUAUGAAAUCCAAGCUUAUAGAGCUCUCAACCAAGCCUUGGGAAGGUGUAUAAGGCACAGGAAUGACUGGGGAGCUCUUAUUUUAGUGGAUGAUCGGUUUCGGAAUAACCCUAAUAAAUACAUCACUGGAUUAUCCAAAUGGAUUCGUCAACAAAUCCAGCACCAUGAAAAGUUUGGCAGUGCACUUGAAUCCCUGCAGGCAUUUGCUAGAAGAAACCUGAAAGGCAUUGAUUGUUCAUCAGAGUCCAGCAGUGAAUUUCAUCAGGCACCUUCACAUUCAAAAGACCUGUCACAAGGCUCACAACAGGAGGCAACAAUUCAUCUGUCACCAGAUGUUCCUGCAAAAAGUGGCCGGAAAGUUGAUGUAAAGAGUCGUUCUCACCAUGUAACACAAAGAAGAAAACAUAUGGACUCCACACCCAAAAUAUCAGCAACUAAAGUAGAGAGGGAGAAAGAGAAUGGUUGGACUAAUGCUGCUGUUGUGAAAGAAGGUUGCUGCUUUACACCACUGGCUUCAACACCAUUGCCUGUAGCCAAGAACUGCACAUCCACAGCUGGUAGCAAAGAAAAUAAUGUGAAGAGGCCAAGUGAACUUACUGAUAGUGUAAAUCAAUGCCAGUCAUUAAUUUUGGAACAUCAACCCAGUGUACCAGAAUCAUGUUUGGAAACAAUGAAUUUUUCAGUUAAAAAUACUGAGGUUGCAGUUGCUGAAGAGCAUCCUGAUCAGCUACAGCUUCAAGUUGAGCCCUGCAGAGAGUUUCCUUCAGCAGCAGGGAAAUCUGAACUUUCAAACCUAAAUGUAUCUGCAGAGGAUGAGGAUGAGAGUAUCUACUUCACACCAGAACUCUAUGAUGAUGAAGAACCAGAGGAAGAGAAAAUCAGAUCACUGGUUCCAGCCUGUGAUAUAAAUGAGAAUCAGGUUGAAUGUGGAAACUCCAUAGUGACCGUUAAUCAUCUUGCAGUCAACACCUCAGAAACACUCAGUGUGACUAAAAAUAAGAUUGAUGAUGGUGGCAGAAGCACAAGUUUACAUGGAAAAAUGCAAAAUGGGGGAACUAGUGCAGUUACUAAUGUAGAGAUGAUUAGUGAAAUAGAAGCAGAGCAGAUAGCCUCUCAAGAGGUGGACACCAAAAAACACAAAAUCAGCCUUUCCAGAUCAAGAAAUAAAGGUGUAUCAUCUUUUCUAUUGAACAGUCCUAGCACACAAUGA